AUGAGUGUAUAUGGCAUUUAUGUGAUAAGUGAGUCUGGCUCACUACAGUUUUAUUAUGAUCAUUCUGAUGUUAACAUGGAAGUAGAAAAGAAAUACGAUUUCCCACUCCCGUUCCAUUUCAAAGCUAUGGAUGGUCGUAUUGUCGUAGAUUUUGGUGCAUGUGACGAUGUAAAGAUAGGGUAUACUGUGAUAUCUGUUGACGGCAUUACAGCUAAAGGCACAUCUCUGGAAGAUAACAGGGAUAUUUUGAAAGUUUUUUCAGAUAAAGACAACUUUCCACUGACUAUCAAACUUGGGAGACCUCGACUACGUCCAAAUGACCGAAUUCACCUUGCUAGUAUGUUCCAUCCAUUACACUCAAUGGCCCGACUUCUUUCCCCAAUUCCGGAUUCCAACUCCAGCUUUGUCGCUCCGGCUAAUGAUAAAAAGGCUCCACGAGUUUGGAAUUCUGGUAUCCAAACUUUGGAAACGGAAUGCUGCCGUGUUCAUUGUUUGGAAACCCAUACAGGUGUUAAAUUCUUACUUGUUACUGAUGUUAAAUUACCAGUGGCUUCUCGCGAGGCUCUCCGCAGGGUGUACGAGGCUUAUACAGAUUUUGUGUUGAAAAAUCCCUUUUAUGCUCGGAACCAACCUUUUAAUUACGAAUUCUUCGCUAAUCAAAUAAAAACCAUAUGUGAUCAAGUAGAAAAGGGAAUGUAUGUAAUUAACUAG